AUGACCAGAUUUGCUCUGUUCUCUAGGGUGGUGAAAUUCCGUCGCACGGGCGAGAGUGCCAGGUCAGAGGAUGACACGGCUUCGGGAGAGCAUGAGGUCCAGAUUGAAGGGGUCCGCACGGGCCUAGAGGCUGUCGAGCUGGACGAUGGGGCAGCUGUGCCCAAGGAGUUUGCCAAUCCCACUGACGAUACUUUCAUGGUGGAAGACGCGGUAGAAGCCAUUGGGUUUGGAAAAUUUCAAUGGAAGCUGUCGGUGCUCACGGGCUUGGCCUGGAUGGCCGACGCCAUGGAAAUGAUGAUCCUGAGUAUCCUGGCUCCCCAGCUGCACUGCGAGUGGAGACUCCCCAGCUGGCAGGUUGCGUUGCUGACCUCGGUAGUCUUUGUGGGCAUGAUGUCCAGUUCCACCCUCUGGGGAAACAUCUCAGACCAGUACGGCCGGAAAACAGGGCUGAAGAUCAGCGUGCUCUGGACCCUGUACUACGGCGUCCUCAGUGCUUUCGCCCCCGUGUACAGCUGGAUCCUGGUGCUCCGGGGCCUGGUGGGCUUCGGGAUCGGAGGGGUCCCCCAGUCGGUGACGCUGUACGCGGAGUUCCUUCCCAUGAAGGCCAGAGCUAAGUGUAUUUUGCUGAUUGAGGUCUUCUGGGCCAUCGGGACAGUGUUCGAGGUGAUCCUGGCCGUGUUUGUGAUGCCCAGCCUGGGCUGGCGCUGGCUGCUCAUCCUCUCGGCCGUCCCGUUGCUUCUCUUUGCGGUUCUGUGUUUUUGGCUGCCAGAGAGCGCAAGGUAUGAUGUGCUGUCCGGGAAUCAGGAGAAGGCCAUCGCCACCUUAAAGAGGAUAGCGACAGAAAACGGAGCCCCCAUGCCGCUGGGGAAACUCAUCAUCUCCAGACAGGAAGACCGAGGCAGAAUGAGGGACCUUUUCACACCCCAUUUUAGGUGGACGACCUUGUUGCUGUGGUUUAUAUGGUUUUCCAAUGCGUUUUCUUACUAUGGAUUAGUUCUGCUCACCACUGAGCUCUUUCAGGCAGGAGAUGUCUGCAGCAUCUCUAGCCAGAAGAAGGCGGUAGAAGCAAAAUGCAGCCUGGCCUGUGAGUACCUGAGUGAGGAGGAUUACAUGGAUCUGCUGUGGACCACGCUCUCCGAGUUUCCAGGUGUCCUUGUGACUCUGUGGAUUAUUGACCGCCUGGGCCGCAAGAAGACCAUGGCCCUGUGCUUCGUCAUCUUCUCCCUGUGCAGCCUCCUGCUGUUUAUCUGUGUCGGAAGAAAUAUGCUCACUCUGUUACUCUUCAUUGCAAGAGCGUUUAUUUCUGGAGGCUUCCAGGCAGCCUAUGUUUACACACCUGAGGUCUACCCCACGGCAACUCGAGCGCUCGGCCUGGGCACCUGCAGUGGCAUGGCGAGAGUGGGUGCUCUCAUUACUCCGUUCAUUGCUCAGGUCAUGCUGGAAUCUUCCGUGUACCUGACGCUGGCAGUUUACAGUGGCUGCUGCCUCCUGGCCGCCCUGGCCUCCUGCUUUUUGCCCAUCGAGACCAAAGGCCGCGGACUGCAGGAGUCCAGCCACCGGGAGUGGGGCCAGGAGAUGGUCGGUCGAGGGGCGCACGGCACAGGCAUCACCAGGUCGAACUCUGGCUCUCAGGAGUAGUGACCGAUGCAGGGCUGAGCUGGUCUUUGGGGCUGUAGAAGGCAGGGGGCUGGUGGAACCCAGUUGGGGCACCGAUCGUCACUGCCGACAUCCAGAACUUACCCGGGGGGACAACCUGGACCAACAGGGUUUUGUGUCUUGA